CACACGUAUGUUCACCCAGUUCUCAGUGUACCAGGUACAGCGGCUUCAUAUGCAAAUCACGGUGAUCUUAUUGUGAUAAAAAACCAAGUGUUCGCAAAUCCUUACCCGUAUCGAAGAAUAUCACUGUUACAGCCAGUUUUGAGUUUGAAUAGCAACAUGAACUCAUCGUGGAUCCUGGACGAACUGAGCCUGUUGGAGGACUUCCCUGCGAGGCCGCGAGUGGAAGUGAGGCCAACUUAUGAUCAGUUCUACGCAGACCCCCCGAUGUCAAACGAUAGAUUGAGUGACAUUGGCCUCGGAUGUAAGGUCAACUUGCCACAGUCAUCACCACCUGUAUCUCCUGUGUAUACUACUUUACGUUCUGCCUCCAGUACGGGCACCAUUAACAUGCAAGAAAGAUACACCGAGUCGGGAACAGGUUUGUAUGAUGAAUGGAAAAGCAUGUCACCUUACCUGUGGACGCAGGAGCACGUGCUGAGCUGGUUACGCCAAUGUAUGUACGAGAUUGACGAUUACAGCGACAUACAGAUGCAAGAUUUCAACUUAACUGGUCAACAGUUAAUGCAGAUGACGAAAGACGAUUUCAUGCAGAAUGCCACAAAGAAUGGUGCCAUUUUGUAUGAGAAAUUACUUUUUCAAAGAUCGCUUCAUAAUGAAGCAUGCUAUAUUAAUGAACCCUCUAUCUUCAGUGAAGAUAACAGUUUUACAAAUGACAUGGCUCCCAUGCCCUUUGAUGAUGAUGUACUUCCUAUGGAAGGUAAGUCCAAAUUUAUACUUGUUUACCUUAGUAGGUAUUGUUAUGGCGCCCUCUACAGACAAGAAAUGCAAAUUUCCAAUAUUUGCAAAAUAUAUCUUUUAAUUAUUAUUUAUUUUUUUACUACUAUAGAUAUAAAGAAUGCAAUAUUCCCAACUGAACAUGAACCUUGUCAAGAAUUCUUGAACUUCAUAAAUGAACUUGGUGCUGAGUCGGCACCUACCAAUGCUUACGACGACGUACCUGUAGUGUCUCCUUCAGCAUCCAGCUCUCAAUACACUGAGUCAGAGCCAUCUGAACCACCAAGCCCUGACCAACCAAUGGAUAUAUUCACUAGAAUUGAAAGUGGCUUUGCAAGAACUAGAGAAGAUUCGUUAGGAGAAGAUUCGUAUGAAAGUGACAGCUCAAGUGAUAAUCACUCUGUCUUCAGCACCGAGUCGCUGCCAGUAGAUGUGAAUGUACCUCCAAAACGUAGACAUGUUGGUGGCAAAAACUUGAAACUGAUUAAGCGCCCAGCCAGAAGACCUGGUAGACCACGCAAACAAAAGACAUUCUCCAGUGAUGAUGAUGAUGAGUUCGCUUAUUCCAGGAAGACAGAAGGAAUGAAAGGAAACCACUUGUGGGAAUUCAUUCGCGAUCUCCUGAAAAACAGUCAGUUCAACCCGGAAUACAUAAGGUGGGAAGAUGACAAAACGGGCAUGUUCAAAAUCGUCCAAUCUGAACGUAUCGCUUUUGCCUGGGGCAGGAAGAAAAACAAUCCCAGAAUGACGUAUGAGAAACUGAGCCGAGCCAUGAGGUAUUACUACAAGAGAGACAUUCUUGAGCGAGUUGAUGGCCGUAGACUUGUUUACAAGUUCGGCAAAAAUGCAUAUGGAUGGAAAAACUGAUUGCCAGAACAAUAAAUAUGAAUAAUAUGUGUAUGUUCAGCAAUAUAAUCAGUCAUGAGCACAAAAACACUUUUACUUCCAGUGAGAUUUUGUAUUGUCAUGAUGCAAUAAGAAACCAAUUGUAUGAGCCAUAAUGUGACUUAAGACAUUUUUAAAUGUAUUUUUAUAUUAUGCAUAAUGUUAGAAAGAGAAAAACGGUCUGAGACUGUGUAAAGUUAUUAUUUGUAUUUAAUUACCUUAAAAUUCCAUUUUUUUUUUUUGUUCUGCUGGUCAGAGCUCAGAAAGUUGUUUAAUAGAAUUCAAUAUAGGGAUCCCAAUUACUACAGUGAUAUAGGGUCACAUUGUUUAGUUACUGUUAAUAUCAACACAUUUAAGUACCUUGUUUGGUAUAUCAUGUUUGUAUCUACCUAUGUAUGUAUGUUUUAUCAUACAGCAAGUAACCGUAUAUUCGGUAGAGUGGAUUGUAAACCCGCAAGUACUUUUGUUUUAAAACUACCGUAUAAUUGUUGGAAUUGAUAGAUUUACUUAAGAUUUAAACAAGGACU